GCUUAGCCAUUAGCCCCUUCAGUCUCGUCACCGUUCACCAAGUGUGCGCUCUGUUAUUCCUAUUUUCUUUCCGUUUCUCUCGGUGUUCCGAACCGAACCGGCAUGGAUCCAUUCGGCACGAACCGUCUCCCGAGCCGAAAGCCCUCCGCCACAGAGCGCUACCUAGGCGUUCCGUCUCACGCGCCGCCGCACUCCCCGUUCGUCGCCACCAACGUUGAGCUCCAAGAGGACGACGUAGUUUUCUUUAACGGCGACUACCACACCGAUUUAAACCACUACAACGCCUCCACUCCUUCCUCUUCUACGUCCUCCUCUGCGUCUGCCACUCCCAACCACCACCUCCUCCAUCACCACCACAACCACAACCACCACUCUCACGGCAUACUCGCCGCGCUCCCCGAGAACGAAACCUCCCACAGCCUCCGAAACGUUUCGCAGCACUUCCACAAGGCCUCAAUCUCCUCCAUAUCCUCCGCUUCCUCUUCCUCCUCCUCCUCGCGCGUCAUUCCCGCCAUCCCGCGGCCUCCGCCCCCGGCGCAACCUUCCUCCUUCAAGUUCCACCAGUCCGCGCCGGUAAACGUCCCGAUCUUGUCGGAUAAGGCGCGGCGGAGGCAGUGCGAGUUCGAUGAUGACGACGAGGAGGAUGAAGAUGGGGAGAUGGUGCCGCCGCACGAAAUCGUGGCGAGGAACUCAGCGCAAUCGCCGAUUCUUGCUUAUUCGGUUAUGGAAGGGAUAGGGAGAACGCUGAAAGGAAGGGACCUGCGUCAGGUUCGAAAUGCUGUUUGGCGCCAAACAGCAGGUUUCGGGUCUGGGUAUAUAAAAUACUUACAGAUAUAAUAGCAAUGUCGAUAUGGGAACAUUCUCUUUAGUACCAAUCUAUUCUCGUCCUUAAAUAGAUGAAAAAAAGAUGAGGGAUAGCCUUUGGACAUAAAUUUUAACUUGUAUAUCUUUCUCUCCCUCUAUUCCUAUCUCACUUAAACGUAAAAGAAUAACCUAAAGUCAGACAAAUAUGAGAAGAGUCUUGUUUUUCUGGCCAUUAUAUGAAGUUAUGUUUGAAGAUGUUCUUGAAUACGUUCUAUCUUCUUUAGUAUGCUUCAGUGUGAUUUCAGUGCGAUAAAGUGUGAAACAGAAAGAUUGGUCAUUUGCAAUAGGCUUAUUAUAAUAUUAGUAGCUUUAUAAUUAUAAUAUGCUUCUAAAAGAGGACACAAUUCUUCUGAAAGAGAAAGAAUGGGCAACCCGCUGGGUGAAGGAAAUGGCCUGGGUGAAGAUAGUUUUGAGCAUCUGGUUUCUCAUAGUCCUCGAAAAUAUGAAACAGAAAAAGGGAUGGUGGGGGCAAAGUGUGUAAUUAAUUAGAAGCUCAAAAUA